AUGAAAACCAAUUACUUUGAAUCACCGCAAAGAACUUCUAAAAUUUUCAGUAUCAGUCCGUCAAGAAUAAAACUCAAUACGAUCGGGCGAGCUCGUAAAAUUGGAUGCGAACGAAAUGUUGCUUCAGUGCUUCUUCUACAACGACAAACGCUUCGUAUCUUUUAUGAAGACAUUGAUGUUACACCAAAGCCAUUGGUCCAUGCAGCAUUUUGUGUUAUUGACGAAAAUCAAAUGACUACCUUGGAAACCAUUGGACUCUUCCAGACUGGAAGUGACUCCCAGCUGAUAGCAUCUUGUUCGAGGACUAGUGGUCUCAGGGCGAGUUCUUCUCUUCUCCUCAAGUCUUCCUCGAUAGCAUCUAAUGAUUUACAAAUGGAGAGUCUGCUGUCGACACAAAUUUGUUCGUCCUUGCCUAUUGAGAAAAUUGAGGAUACUGCUCCAUUGCCAUUUUUUCUACCUAGCGACGAAUUAGAAGUAUUUGCAACUCGUCCAGAAGCUGUGACAAUUAACUUGAAAGAGACACAGACGUUUUUUAUCUUUGAAAUGAUACAGAUGACUGAGAAUUUACAAAUGCCCGAAGGACAAGUAGUUCAACUUGAAAAUGAAAAUUAUGAAUAUGUGACAAUGGGACCAGGCUCCAAUCGUAAGCUAUUGGAUGCUGAGACGCAAACAAUACGAGUGCUAAUGAAAUCACGUGGCACUUAUUUGGGUAUGAGACUCCGUAGAAAUCAGGAUGCAUUUGUAAACAAUUGGGUGAUCCACGAUACUUAUGCGGCGCCAGAAUUAAUGACUGAGAAAAAUGGACGUAUGAUCGUACACUCGAAGGAGUCAAUGUGCCGGAUACGAGAAGCGCAAGAACUCCAAUACAAACUCCCUGAACCUGAAGCGACUCUCAAUUCAAGCUUUGAGAAGCAAUUAUCUCACAUUUGCCGAAAGACACGCUUUUUGGACGCGACAUGUGUAAUGGAGCGCAUAAUUGCAAACAAUGUAUUCGCAACAGCGCAGAAGCGCUUCACCGGCCUGAUCAGAUGCGAUCCGUGUGCACUAGAUCUGAAGUUCGAUUACCGUUUGGAUUUGCUGUGGACGUACGCGUGCGAAACAGCGCAUGACCGCCCCGUGAUCGCAUUUUGUUGGAAUCCGGUUAACGAGAGCGUCCUCGCCGUUGCUUAUGGCGCCAAGAUUGGGUUGGACAGAACAAACGGACUAUUGCUAAUCUGGUGUGCCAAGAACCCUAGACAGCCUGACCGCGAAUACAUCUUUAACAGUCCGUUAUCGAAUAUUGAUUGGAGCAAGAAACGACCGAAUCUUUUAGCUAUCGGUUUCUAUGACGGAAGUGUGAAGAUUAUCGAUGUCAGCACGAAAAUGAUAAAUGUCAUCAGACAGAGUUGCAGGGAAACAUCAGCGGCCUAUUCACCGCAUUGGCAGGUACAAUGGUGGAGUGGUGACGAGCAGUUUGAAUAUCAUGAACAGAUCUAUACCAGCGACCAGGAUGGCCGGGUAUAUUGCUACCGUUCUGGUGAAGAUUUUUUCGCCACGGAAAUCAUGCGACUUUAUAGAGUAAAAGGUAAACUAGUCGGGGUUUCUAGAACCGAUCACUGCGUGGUCUACGACGUGCCCAUCAGUCGCCAACCAGCCGCUCUUGUUCUCCGACGACAUCCCACCGUCAACAAUGUUUACUUCGUCGGCUCUGACGAAGGUUGCAUCUAUCGAUGUUCCACGGAUUACUUACAUCAACACGUGGACAGUUUCCUGGCGCACGACGGUGCGAUUUAUUCGUUCGAAUUCUCGCCUUUUUGUCAGAAGUUGUUCUUGACUUGCGGCGCCGAUUGGUACAUCAGAAUAUGGGCCGAAGGUCUUACCGAACCGCUUAUUAAUUUGUCAACAGCAAUGGCAUGCGUGAGAAGCGCUUGCUGGAGUCCCACGUGCUCCACUAUUAUCGCCAGUAUUGUUAACAACCAAAUUUGUGUGUGGGACAUUCGCAGGAAAACGCACAUUCCAGCAUCUGUGACGACUUCGACUAAUGGAGCAAGUUUGGUCGCUAUUGAUUUUACGACGAAUGGGAAUCAACUAAUAGUCGCUGAUGUUGAAGGCGUUAUUUACAUCUAUAAUCUUGAAGGCAUGCCGUUUGCGCCUUAUGAUCAAACAAAAGUACUAAUCGAAUCCAUUCACAAAGCACUGGUGACUAAACCAGAUCUCUUGAGAAAGUUAAAAAAGCUCGGUCCGCCAUUUUAA